CAUCCGCUAUUCUCACGAAGACGACGGGUUCUGCUCAUCUUGUCCGCUUCCAUCUUUCUCGCCGAUUUCGGCGUCGUUCUGGCUUUCGCACCCAACAUCGCGAUCUACGAAGCCGCCAUUUGCAGGCAGACGCACAACCACCCUUCGCCAACAGCGUGCAAGUCGUCCGCAGUCCAGAGCGAGCUCGCGCUCAUUACUGGAAUAAAGGACACCUUCGGUCAAGUCCCUGGAGUCCUGUUGGCGCUGCCAUACGGUUUCACCGCGGACCGCAUUGGUCGUCGGCCAAUCCUCCUUCUCUGCUUCACUGCCAUGAUACUUGAAGAAGCCGCCUGUCGUCUCAUCGCUGCAUCGGCAGGGCGGAUUCCUCUGCGAGUUCUUUGGGCCGCGCCCGCAAUGCAGGUACUCGGCGGAGGGCCACAAGUUUUGACCUCAAUGUCAUACGCCAUGUUGACGGAUGUCUUCAGUCCGGAUGAACGAGCUUUAGUCUACUAUCAGCUCGCUGCUGUAGUCCUCAUCGGCGAAAUCUUAGCGCCGAUUGCCAGUGCUGCGCUGAUGUGGCGCUUCGGCCCUUGGGUGCCUUCCCUGACUGGACUCUCGCUGAUAGUCCUCGGUGCGAGUAUCGCGGGUCUCCUGCCUGAGACUAUGAGCGUCUCCUCGCCGUCUGCAUGUCCUGCUCUGGCGACCCACAUCCCCGAGGGAGAGGUCUCUGCACCCCUGGGUACCAAAUCCACGUGGAUGAACACGGUCAAAUCUAGAAUCCAAAAUAUGCGGACCUCGAAGUCCAUACCGAGCAACAUUAUUUGCAUGCUGGCUGCUUUCGCACUCGGACAUACCGCUCCUCAAUCGGUUCAACUCGUCGUGCAGUACGCCUCCUUGCGGUUCUCGUGGAGCAUAGCGCAGGCCGGCUUGUUACUCACGCUGAAGAGCAUAGUGACCCUGAUCAUCAUGCUCCUGGUCCUGCCUCAACUAUCAAAGAUAGUUGUAAGACGCAGAUCCGCAUCCGCCAGAGACUAUCGGGUCUCCCAGAUUAGCGUGUGGACUCUCUUCAUCGGGGCAGGCGUGAUGGCCUCAGCUGCACAUGCGACUGUGUUUGCGCUCGGGCUUGGCAUAUUGGCUGCUGGCUGGGGCUACUACUCUGCACUUCGCAGCUUCGCAGUUGCGUUGGUGAAGCCUACGCAGAUUGCUACCAUCAACACCGCGAUUGCGAUGGCGUCAAGCCUUGGUACGAUGCUUGCCGGUCCGAUUUUAGCCAUGGCGUUCCGACGGGGAAUUCGCUCUGACGGAGUCGCAAUGGGUUUGCCGUACGCGGUCGAAGCUGUGUUGUUACUAGCAGCA